UCAUAGUCAGUGGGCAGUGAACAGUGCUCUUCCUAUUGGACAUGUGAUCACUUUGGCUUCAGCCACUGAUAUCCUCCAGUACCCUGUCUGCAUUCUAGGCAUCUGCAAUUUCUGUAGACCUUUCUCUGACCAUGUCUGUGAGUCAAACUUCCCCAGAGACAGAGGCAUCCCUGAGAUGGCAAGCCCUGAGCCAGACAGGAUAUGUGCAGUAACCUCUGGAGUUUCCCCAGCUGUGCACUAACUACCAAAUGUGCUCCUUUGCUUUAAAGGAGUUCACCAGCUGAGCUUGGAGACAUUUCAAAGAGAGCUGCAGGUCACAGCUCCACUCAACUCUUGGCUGUAGAUACAACCCAGGAGCAACCAGAGAAGGUGAACUAGGAGCAAGGGCUCAGAGCCUCUGGAUGCCCACAAAAUCUUAAUAGGUGCACAAGACACACCUCUACUCUCCCCAGUACUCCCUGAACCUCCUGAGUUGCUGGCUUCUGUUAAGCCUCCAAGCCAAGAAAAGCCUGGCUCUACACAUGCCCUCUGGAUAAAGUGCCACCAGAGUCUCUAGAACCAAGGGGGUUUUGAAAAGGGGAUUCAGCAUAGCCCAGAAUGGGCAGAGGUUGCAGUCCCUGUGGAGGACAUUUGCCUUCCCCAGAUAUUCCAUUCCUUCAAUAAUUUUGACCAGGCCAACCAUUCCACAGCCAUUGAAGCCCAAGACACCGGAGUCUUCAAAGUGAAUCAGGUGCAUGAGAACUCAGCUAUCACCAAGGGCCUUUCACCCAAGGGGAGGAAGAACAAACAUAAAGCUUCCAGGCGAAUCAGUGGCGCUCCUGAGGCUAAAAUGUGGCUGAAGGCCCCUGUGAGCCUGUUAGGGGGAGAGGAUCUCAUUUGCAGUGCAGCAGACAGUGACGGGGCUCCCAUGGUCACAGCUUAGCUGAGGAACAGCAAACCCCUGAAUGUAGCAUUUAGCAGGAGCAGCCAAACUAAGGGCUGUGGGCAAGUUAGGGCCAAGAGGUCCAGAGUCAACAAAGGCAAGAAAACAUUAGAGAGGAACCAGUCAGGGCCUAAAGUCAAAGAAGAAGAAAAGCCAACUAUUUGCAAUGUGAAGCACAAGAGAAACCAACCAGCCCUUGGCCAAGAGGCUCUUAAAAUGCCUCGCACCUGCCUAGGCAUGCACAUGCUACAGUCUGUGCAGGUUUUCCACCCAUUAGGCAGGAAGGCAGAUAAGACAGCUGAGCCCUUUUCCUCCUGGGCACUGGGAAAAUCAAGAAUUACCCAAAACUCCAAGACAUUGCCAUCAGCCAAGCCAUGGCAAGGGCUCCCACAUGAAAAGAAGAGGCCUGAGAGUACCCGGGAACACUUCCAGAGCCUGCACAGCACUGCUGAAACAAAGGCUCCAUCUGCCUCCCUGUGUGAGCUGCUACCACCUGGGCAGAUGAAGUUAAUAGCUUUGCCUUUUCCCAGUCCAGAAAAACCUCAAGCAAGAGCUGUUUCUCAAAGGCCCCAGCCUCCCAACUCACAGCAACACACUACAGCUCACCCUGUCCAUCCUACUGCUACCAACACAGCUCAGCCAUCCCAAACAGUGGCUGGCAGCUUGUCUCUGAUGGGUCCUGUCAAACCAGCUCAGCUCCUCAAAAAUGCCAGGCCACCACCCUGGACCACUUCAAAACAGCCUGGACUUCCUCAGUCUGCAGUGUCUAAGCCUGCACUCUGGGCAACAUCAGCUUUUGCCUCUCUCCGAAGAGAGUCCCUUGCCACCGCUGUGAUCAGGCACAAGGCCCUGCCUCAGCCACACAAUCCAUUUCUCCUCCAAAACUUCAGCUGCCAGACAAUUCUGGAGGGAGCCCAAUGUUCCCCAUGGCAGAGGAACAGAGAGCAGAGUGGGAAGCCAUGAAGAGGCAGGCUCAGCAAAAGUGGGAGCUGGCAGCCAAGUACACCUUCUUAGGGAAGCUGCAGUUUUUUUCAUGCAGAGGGAAGGAGACAGGGCGGGGGGGGGGGUUUGCUCAAUACUGUGGGUGGACAAGAUGAGA